AUGUCAGCGUAUACAGGAAAUAUGAAUAAAGAUAAUAAGAGAAUCUUACAAUCAAUUGAUGAACCUUGGUUUUCAUUAAAGUUUAGAAAAGUCUCUCCAUCAGUGAAAGAAUAUGGAUCUCAGUCUAAGGGAGAUUUGGAUUCAAAAAAAUGUUCAGAGACUGAGCCAGUGACGCCUGAGUCGGAGACUGUGUCACCAAUUGCGCCUAUUAAACCCGUGAAUAGCAGUCAACACUCCAAACCUGUGGCUGAUAUUGAGAAGUCAAUCGAAAUCGAUCAUAUGCUCAAUGCUGAUGAAAAACUGGAUCCAUUGGCAGGCUUGUUACCACUGUUUAUGUCAAUUGAGAGAGCAGAAACAUCUAUUGAAACAAUAAGCAGUUCGCAGGCCCUGUUGUUCUUGGAUGGGAAUGAAGAUGUCAUAAACAGUUAUCUAAUGAGGUUAUUUAAAUUACACACAAAAAUAGUCUCACGAUAUACUGAGUUUAUUGCAAUUGCCUUGAACAUAAAUAAUACUCAGGAGGAUCUAAUUAGAGGUAAAGAGUAUGUUACGAAGGGAAGACUUAACGAAAGAUUAAUAAAUCAUUGUUUAAAGCCACUAUUAGAAAUAAUUGAAAAUUAUAAAAAUCAUAUGAAAAUAAAUGGUAUUAACGUUUCAGUCAUUAAUAAUGAUAAUAUCAUAGAAUUUAUUCAAAGUUUUAUUAUAGAUAUAACUCAUAUGUUGGAAGAAAUACCUCUAAAAUUUCACUAUGAUUGGGAACUACAUAUUGGAGAUCUUAAUAGAUUAUUAAUGCUAUUGAGUGUAAAAGAUCAAGAAGUCUAUCGGCUUAACUCGCUACACAGGUAUAAUAUAAUUGCUCCAGUGGUCGCAGUAAACUACUCUCCAAAUAAUGGUAAAGAAUCAGAUAUAAAGAAUCAUAUGUGCAAUUAUUACUUCAAUUUAUCCAAAGUGCAACAUUCAAGUCUAGCUCGGAUUGUCACUCUGUCAAAAUGUCUGUGUAUUGAAAAUACCAAUGUUUAUCAAAAAUCAAUGGCCCAAUUAGCCAUUGAUAAAAUUAUUUCUAAAUUAUUAAAUAAACAAGUAAAUUUGAAACAGUCUAUGGGUGGAACCACUAUAUUAAUGAAGUAUUUCACUCUUCUAAGCUUAUUUUUUGGAUCUACUAGUUCUUCUCAACUAUCAGGUAUGGAGAGAAGUUCACUACAUUAUUUUUGGAAUGAGUUCGCAAAUGAAUAUCACCUUAAUUACAGUUCUCUAAGAAAGCCAGUGAACUGCAAAUACAGGCAGAAAGAAAUAAAUUAUAGCAUGUUUUACUUUAACAAUGCACCCUUGUUUUCAUUGAUUAGUAUUGUUGAGACAAUUAUAAUGAAUAAAAAAUUGAAUCCGUUUUUUUGCGUAUACAAAUCUAGCGAUGACUUUGAAAUAAAAUCUGUAUCAUUGAGUAAUUGGAAGAUAUUAAUAGAACAAAUGGACGAUACUUUACUACAUAGUAACAAGCUCUUAUUCAAAAAAUUUCUAAUGUUAAAUGUUGCAAUUUCACAGCCUUUCAUUCUUCCAUGGUUGUUAUUCUAUAUUUCUGUCGCUUCCGAGGUCGCCAAUGUCACUGACCGACAUGUCUUACUGCUUUGGAAGGAUCUACUACAAAAUCUUCUGCCUUGGGAUGAUAUUGUGACUUACUUAAAUGAAUCAAUUGAUAUGGUCAAUAAACAUUCAAUAAAUUCAAAAACUUUGAGAGCUUUAAUUAAAAAUAUAAAAUCAUGCUCAUUAUAUGAUUUACUAUAUUACAUGAUGUACGAAAGUAAUUUCCAAGAGAUUUCUAUGUGUGAAGGUUUCAUCUGGUUUGAUAGCCUUGCAUCUAAGAUUAAACAAGCAAGCAUCACUACCAAUGAAAGUUUAAUGAAAUUUAAAAGUUAUAAUGCUUCAGAAGACAGUCUUAUUUACGAUGAUGAUGACCAAGUAUAUACAAAAAUGUGGACUCGAGCUCUUUUAAUAAUAUUAUUAAUUAAAAAUGUCAUAAAUGAUUAUCCAGAAUUGAUAGAUGUCAGUAUACGUGGUCAGUCACUUACUAAUAGUAGUUGCAUCAAAAAUAGUGAUUCGUUAACUAAUGAUUAUCUUUUUGAUUGGGGAUUUGAACUUAAUAACAAUAAUGCUGUCAUUAUUGAUGAUACUCUACAUGGAAGAAAUAGGAUUUUCAAAUUUUCAUAUAUACCUGACUUUCAGGAUUUCGAUAAAAAUGGGGAUAUUACUUGGGGCUAUUCAUUAAUAUCUAACUAUGAUUAUAUAUAUAGUAAUGAUUUCAAUUCUGAGGAAGAUGGUAAUUUUUUCCAGAGGUAUAGUAGGAGGCUACUAUCUGCACAUAAUGAUUACUCUGAAGAUAAAAGUAAGAAAUACUUACCAAAACUUGAAAAUAAUUAUUUUAUGGUUGACACUUUAGCUUGGUUGAAACACUCAAAUAAAUUGAAAAGAUUCAUUGCUGAAGAAAAAGUUAAAGUUAUCUUAUCUGUAUCUAUCCUGAACGAUUUGAAUGAACUUAAGAAUUAUUCAGAACAUGAAAGUGUAAGAAGUUCUGCAUCUAGAGUCAUGAUUGUUAUUAAUUAUUUAUAUGCCAUGAAUCAGAUUAACAUUUUAAAAGAAUUUGAAUCACCAAUUUCUAAAGCUUUAAAAAAUAUAGAUGGAUCCCAGAUCUUGAAUUUUAAUGGGAAAUUUAAAAACGAUUUGCUAACCAAAGAAAAUGGUCCUGGACAGCAAUUGAAUAUGAUAGAAUUACGGAUGGACAAUGUCGUUGUUGUGUCAGAUGAUAAACUAUCACUCGCGACCUUUAAGAAGAAAGGAUAUAAUGUUGUCAGUACAAAAGUUUUAUUUUCAGUUGCAUCGCUACAGGAUUGGCUGCUCUAA